ACCAGAUCAAUGAGGGCCAUAAACGUGUCAACCCGAGGGAUGUCCUUCCACUUUAGCGUGGUGCCCAAUAUCCUGUUUGUGAAAAUUUUUGCCUCCCGGGCGCUAAGCAAAGUUCUAGAGUCGUGAUCCUGGGAGUCUGACUGACAGGACACGUCUGCGUAUACUGUAACUGCUUGGAGAUGACGAACGGCCAUGGCGACAAACAUUCACCCGCCGCGUCCAAAGUGCUGGAGAAUGCACUUGAUAGUGCUGAUCUCUUGGAUGAUACGACAGAAUCUAGUUCUCCAAGAGGUGGGGGUAGAGGAGCUCCAUCUCUUGGCAUGCAUUCUGGGUUACAAAAUAGGCAGUAUCGAAAACGGCCGACGGCAGCGGCAGGUGACAAUCCAAACGACUAUACAAAGCGAUACCCCCGGGAUGCUAUCGGUGAAGAAAUGUCGCUCAAUGGAAGAUUCUGGCGAACAUAUGGGGAUGAGGCUGUUAUAUUUGAUGAAGAGAUGUUAAGCGUGUAUAAAGACACAAUCGACGGCCUUUUGAUUUUUACUGGUCUUUUUUCUGCCAUCAUCACAACCUUUGUGGUUCAAACAUCACAAAAUCUGCAGCCUGAUUAUGGAGAGGUAUCUGCCUCUUUACUUAUAGAGCUUGUCGGGUUCCAAAGAGCAGCAUCAAAUGCAUCUUCCUCCUCGUCAAUCCCAUCCUCCCCCUCCUACCCUGCUGUUGUCUUCUCUCCAUCUCUAGCGGACAUCUGGGUGAACAGCUUGUGGUUCAUCAUCAAGCAAUGGAUUCAUCAGUACAUGUCCGUCAUCUCCGAAAGCUCGUCUCGCGACCGUGGUCGAAUCCGACAUGCUCGGUAUAUGGGCCUCGAGAAGUGGCGGGUUCCGAUGGUUAUUGGACUUCUUCCAGUUCUUCUCCAUGUCUCCUUGGGUCUAUUUUUCGCCGGUCAUUCUGUCUAUCUAUUCACACUCAAUAUGGGUAUCGCAUACGGUGUCGCUCUCGUCUCGGGUUGCGUGUAUAUCGCCUAUGGCGUCUGCCUCGUCCUUCCUCUGUUCUACUACAACUGUCCAUACAAAACUCCGCUCACAUUCUAUCUAUUCAAAAUCUAUCUCUCUGCACGCGAUAGGCUUCCAUUUCUUAAUCUUCACUACUCACGCCAUGAGCCUGAUCACUUCUCCGGUCCACGCUCAAUGAAAGAGGCAGAGCAAGAAGGCACCCGAAAUGCCGCGAAGGACAUUGACAGCAAAGCCAUUUUAUGGUUGAGUUCAAUGUCGCUGAAUGCAUCCGUUAAACAAGUCGUACUUCAGGCCAUUCUCGGAAUCCACAAUGGAAAGGUAAUUGAUACGAACAUUGACAGUGCCGUGGGAGAGAUAUUCGAUCAAAUUGGUCGUCUAGAGCCUAGAAUACAGCACUCCAUCACGAGGUUGGAGCUGCAUUCCCGUCAUUUGAUUCCAAAUCCUUUGGCUAUGCCGUUCACGGAUACUACCUCCAACUUGCUUACGAUACUCCAAUCACCACUACGGGAUAGUGUUCACCUACCAGAGGACGUUUGGAUCUCCAUUGUGGAUUGCGCUGACUUCAAGUCUCCAUCAGCGCUGCGAUUAGCAGUAGAGCUGAUCAGAGUUUGGAAGGACAAAUCGAAACGUCCUUCGUUGUAUUUCCGGGAGCCACAGCAUCGCAAUCAACCUCCGCUCCAGAAGGUUGUUAGCAUAGAAUAUCAGCCAUCCGAAAGUGGUGCUAUCAGCUAUCUCUUGUCAUCACUCACAAGUAAACUCUCUCAGUCAGUCAUCCGCUGGAUUCGUUCGUUCCUAAAACUGCACAAUCCAACUCUACUAUUCCACCCAAACUUUUUGAGCCUGGGUCAAGUAUUUUUAGAGAUGAUCCGGCUGUUACGCAGUAGAUUCCAUGAUGAUGAUCUGGAUAUCGAUAUCUUGCUAGAUGGAAUUGCUACCGCCAUCCAGUUACUAGCGCAGGAAAAGAGAGAACCAAAUUGCAUGACGGAAGCUCGGAAGGAGGCUUUCACCUUGUCUUCCUCUCGUACUUAUCCCAUCCCAUUGACGGCAGUCGGUCAAAUGGCGCUAUUAAAGAUUCUCCAUGACGGCAUACCUUCGCUGAUCGAAACAGCUUCGUCACCCACAAGGACUUUCUACACCAAUGCGAUACGGUGUUUAAUGUCGCCUCGUCCGCCGGACGACCACCCUAAGCUUCAUCGUCAAUACUGGGAAUUAGAAUGGGAUCUGCUGGAGGAUGUGGUUGCUCCUCUCCUUGCUCAGUGCCCAACCUUACGCCCUGAGGCCGCACAGUGUGAUGACACCUGCAUACAUACCAGCCUCGAUCCCCUAAACGACGAUGGAGUAUUAAUCAGGGUUUCCGAAGAAGCAGGGGGGAUACUCUCUCUGUAUACCAGAUUCAGAGAUGCGCCUACUCUUCCUGGCAAGCAGAAGGAGCUCCCUACUUACCUUGCCGGUCAUAUCACAAAUAGGAUGAUCACCACUGAUAUCUUCGACCCCCUACACAUUUCGGGUUCAGCAUCUUCAACAUCUUCAUUUGCGGAAACCCUAUCAUUCCUCACCCGUUUGCUUCUCUACAAAAUAGACUGGGAGUGUAUUGCCAAUCUUCUUGAGAAGCUCUCAACUCGGGAGGACAUUUCGGGACCCAUGUGGGAGAGUUACAUUAUUAAUAUGGAUCACUGGGCGUCUGACGAGGCAUUUACGAUGGAGUGGAGUGAAGACCAUGCCAUCGUGAAGCAGCGUAUUACUCUGAUUCAUGGCCUGCUUCCCAUCGAGAAGGCUUUGUCGGGGUGUGGGACGGAAGAAACGCGUUUCGGACUAUUCUGUUCGAAGAUCUACCGCUUAGAUUUUCAUUCGCCACACGUCCAGGAGCAGCCAUGGAUAAUACGGUUUAUUUGUUACGCAGAGCGACGCGGGGAGGAGAGAUGA